AUGGCUCCCUGGCCAGAGGUAGAAAAGCCUGAAACCAAUAACUAUAUUGGGGACUCUUCCAAGCAAAACCAGAACAUGGCUGGGAAAGAAGGAGAAAAUCACAAAGGCAAUGUUGCUUCACUUGGAAAUAAAGGGGAAAUUCAACCUGCAUUUUCCACAGUAGCUUUGAUAGAUGAGACAAGGCCAGAAGAAGAAGACCCGUGGGCUCUGCCAGAAUUGCAGGACACUGGGGUCAAGUGGUCAGAACUGGAUAGAAAAGGAAAAAUCAUUCGUGUACUCUAUGGGAUAGGGAAGUUCAUUAUGCUACUUGGACUACUCUACAUGUUUGUGUGUUCUCUGGAUGUACUGAGUUCUGCGUUUCAACUGGUAGGAGGUAAAGCAGCAGGGGACAUAUUUAAAGAUGAUUCAGUGCUCUCAAAUCCUGUUGCGGGACUGGUGAUUGGAGUUCUGGUGACUGUUAUGGUCCAGAGUUCCAGCACUUCUUCAUCCAUUAUAGUCAGCAUGGUGUCCUCCACAUUGCUGACUGUUAGAGCAGCUAUUCCUAUUAUCAUGGGAGCAAACAUUGGCACCUCAGUUACAAACACAAUUGUGGCACUUAUGCAAGCUGGGGACAGGAAUGAAUUUAGAAGGGCCUUUGCUGGGGCAACAAUCCAUGAUUUCUUUAACUGGCUAGCUGUGUUUGCGCUGUUACCCAUUGAAGUCAUUACUGGCUAUCUCUACCAUCUCACCAAUGUUAUAGUUGAGUCCUUUCAUCUUGAAAGUGGUGAGGAUGCUCCAGAGCUACUAAAAGUUAUCACAGACCCCUUUACAAAGCUCAUCAUUGAGCUUGAUAAAUCAGUAAUAAAUGCAAUUGCCACUAAUGAUGAAUCAGCAAAAAACAAAAGCCUGGUAAAGAUCUGGUGUGUCACUGAAAGCAAUGUGACACUGCAGAAUGUCACAAUUCCACCUUCCGAAAACUGCACAUCUCCUGACUUUUGCUGGACUGAGGGAAAUGUGACAUGGACCCUCAAGAAUAUAACUGAAACAGACUAUAUCAGUAAAUGCCAACACAUCUUUGUAAACUCAGACCUGCCUGAUCUUGCCAUCGGGCUCAUCCUUCUCGCUUUGUCCCUGCUUGUUCUCUGCUCCUGUUUGAUCAUGAUCGUUAAGCUAUUAAACUCUGUGCUUAAAGGACAAGUGGCAAGUGUUAUCAAGAACACAAUCAACACUGAUUUUCCAUUUCCUUUUACUUGGCUUGCUGGAUACCUGGCUAUGCUCGCAGGGGCUGGUAUGACCUUCGUUGUCCAAAGCAGUUCUGUUUUCACAUCUGCUAUUACACCCCUUGUUGGCAUUGGCGUUAUAAGCAUUGAGCGCUCUUACCCCCUCACCUUGGGAGCCAACAUUGGUACAACCACAACAGCUAUACUUGCAGCCUUAGCAAGUCCUGGGAGUACAUUAAAAUAUUCAUUACAGAUUGCCUUGUGCCACUUUUUCUUCAAUGUCUCUGGGAUUAUUCUGUUUUAUCCGAUACCUUACACACGCCUGCCAAUCCGCAUGAGCAAGACCUUGGGAAAUAUAACAGCCCAGUACAGAUGGUUUGCUAUAUUUUAUCUUCUCCUAUGUUUCUUUCUGUUGCCUUUGUUUGUAUUUGCUCUGUCACUGGCAGGCUGGGCAGUCCUUUUGGGUGUUUGCCUUCCCCUGUUUGUUCUUUUUAUUGCUGUGGUUGUAAUUAAUGUUAUGCAGAAAAGGCGACCACAUUCAUUGCCUGAGAAGCUCCAAAACUGGGAUUUCCUACCUGUCUGGAUGCACUCCCUAGAGCCCUGGGACAAUAUACUUAUGUCUUCACUUGCUUUUUGUGGGAAACAUUGCUGUGGCUUCUGCAAGUGUUGCAAAGUCAAUGCUGAACAGGAGGGUGCCAAAGACAAACAGCUAAAAACUAUGGAAGUUUAUGAAAACACCAUGGCAAUGGCUGAUGAAGAAAGAGGUGGAAGAAGGGCACCAGCUGUAGCUUGUGUUGACAAAACAGGCACAAACAACACAGCCUUAUAGUAUUGGAUCCAUGUAUAUUAGCAGAGGUACAGCACAGGACACCCAGGCUCAUCAAAACCACCUUGGACCUUGCACUGAGGACAGAGUGAACAUUUUGUUAGAUUUCUGAAGCCAGUGAUACAUCACUCAUCAAGGAAGGGAGUCAAACAAGCUUGACAGAGUCCCCAGAAAAUCUAUGCUCAGUUGCAAAGCUAAUGGCAGUUAUGUUCACAGAGGAUCUACUGUGUGGUACCUUCCUCCAAAUGUUAUCAGUAGCAAACAAAAGAAAUCCUGAUGUAGUCCCAUGAAGAGGAGGAUGAAAGAAGUGGCAAUUAAUUCAAUCUUAAAAAAAAACAAAUAAACAAUGCACUUGUUGAGGUCAGCCUUUCUGACCUACUGACUCAGCAGAAA